GAGAGUGUAUCGCGCCGUAAGCUGCAGCACGAGGUACAGGAUCUACGUGGAGUGGUCCGUGUGUAUUGUCGAACGACAGCCCCUACGGAUUCCAAUGCAGCCAAGUUGAUGUCACAUCCGUCACAAGAAACAUUGCUGUUACACCGUGGAAAGAAUGUAGGUGAUUUGACGCCGCUGAGCUACGACUUUGACCGCGUUUUUGACUCGCAAGCAUCUCAAGAUGAUCUCUACGCCGAAUUGGAAGACGUCUGUCUGGGUGUUCUGGACGGCUACAACGUUUGCAUUCUGGCGUACGGGCAGUCUGGUACCGGAAAGACACGAACAAUAUUAGGUGAUGUUAAGAACCACGGGAUGCAGCUACAGGCUAUGCGCCAACUCUUUUCGAUUGCGGAUCAUCGAUCUGAUGGCAUUCAAGACACGUUUACGCUGACAAUUGUGGAAGUAUGCAACGAGCGACUUACCGAUUUGGUGGCCGGCACGCCCACUGGAGAUGCCCGCGGCCAGUUGGAGAUUCGGUCCGACGUGCACGGGGAUACCAUUAUUCAAGGCGCCGUAGCUGUACAGGUCUGCAAUCUCGAGGAGGUUGUUUGUGUCUGGAAAGAAUGCUUGGAGAAUAGUGAAGCUCGUUCCAUGGAUUGUAGCCACGUUAUCGCCACCAUUAAAGUGGCUUCGAAGAAUGUCGCUACUGGUCUGGGUACGGUUGGUCGCCUUCAGUUCGUGGAUUUUGCGGGCGCUGAUCUAACCCCAGUACGCUCCAAUAGCAGCCGAAAGUCUUCACCGUUGCAAGAUGAUCGCGCGCGAUCGCCGGGCUCAUCGAUUGACGAGUGGCGUUUCGUGAACCGAUCUUUGGUCACGUUGGCGGAUGUUGUCACCGCACGUUCUCAAUUCUUGCAAUCGGUGCCGUACCGCAACUCUACUAUAACACAUUUGCUGCGUGAUAGUUUGGAAGGCGACACAAAGGUGCUUCUAAUUGCCUGUGUUUCGAGCGAACCGAAAGACUUGCUAGAGACGAUAUCGACCCUUCGAUUUGCCUCUCAAAUGCGCCGGGUGCAUGUUGGCGUGGCUACCAAGCAUAGCCUCACUCCCCCGUAG